CCCCCUGGAAACGCUGAGUUCUUCCGGAAAGUCAACUCUAGCUUCAAACACUAAUGUCUUAUGCUCCCAGUGUUUAAAAUGCUUGGCUAAGAUUGUCAAAUACUUUCCGAUAAUGUUGGUGGUUAUUAAGUAAUCAUCGUUUGCGUUGAUUUAAAACUAAGUUCGGGCUGCGGAUGGUGGCUAGUUUGCGAUUAGCUCGUCGCUAAAGAGGGUGAGUUUAGGCUUCAGCUAAUUCGAUUUAUUUACUUCCAGCUCAGCACUAACGACGCUUUUAACAAGCGUCCCGCUUUGUUUACCUAAGGUGGGCUUUUAACCGGGCAGAUUAGAAAGUCGUCGCGUCCCAUGGCUGCUUUAGGGUUUAUCCCCGCCAGCGAGCAAGAUGCGUUUCGUUUCAGAUCGGAACAAACCUCCUCUGAAAAAAGCCCAAAGCUGAGCGGGGAGGAAGUCAGGAGGUUCUACGAAGACCUGGUGAAAGAGAAAAAAACGCGAGAGGACCAGUCAAGCGGGGCGACGGACAAGCGCGACCCUCACGGCGGGUUUUACAGAAGACCGAGGCGGAGAGUCCGGCGGCAGCACGCCGAGGCUGCGGUCCGAAGAGAGACGAGGGACGAACGAGAAGGCAACCAGAGACGGGAGGCGAGCAGCUCGGAGAGAGGACAGGAGCUGCGGGGACUGCGGCUGCUGCGCUACGCCCAUCAGGGAGACAUCCCGGGGCUCAAGGAGCUGAUUUCAAAGGGAGUGGACAUAAACUUUCAGGACUCAUACCUGUGGACAGCUGUGAUGUGUGCCAGCUGGUCCGGGCAGCCAGCCGCCGUCAGGCUGCUGCUGAGCCGCGGUGCAGCCUGGGUAGGAGUGGUCGACACGAGGGGCAGGGAUGCCCAAGACCUGGCGUUAGAAGCAGGACAUAAUGACGUCCUCCAUGAGUUGUUAAACUAUGGCAGAAGUCCACAGAGAGAGGCACCAACUAAAAGCAGCUUGCCCCAGCCUCAAUGGUGCGACGUGUGCCGCUGUGAGUACAGAAGCAGCCGCUCGUCCCAUCUUUCCUCUACUCUGCACCAGUUCAGCGUGAGCCAUCCUCAGCCAUCGCCUUACUACUGCCUCCCCCCAUCCAGCAACAGCUACAAGAUGAUGGUCCGCAGCGGCUGGAAACCAGGGACGGGCCUGGGGCCGGAGGCAGACGGCCCCAAACAGCCGGUGCCAACGGUGCUGAAGAGAGACCUGAAAGGGCUGGGAUUUGGACUGAUGAAAAGAGCCAAAGUCACUCACUUCCAAGCCGGGGAUCGCGAUGCCGUAAAACACCAACGGCAAGACAAGGAGAAGGGACCGAAAGGGCAGAAGAAAGACGAGAUCAGGAGGAAAGAGCAGGAAGAUAAAAGCUGGGAAAGAGAUUUCCGUGCCUCGUUUUAUUAGUAGCGCAGGACCACGCUGUUCUGCUUGUGCUUCUGUUGGGACUCGUCUGAAUGUGUUUGUGAAGAAGGCCGCAGCAGUUUCUAUCGCUCUUUGACUUCACCUCAGAGUUGGCACGCUUAUGUUUGGAUGAACUUUGCCUGUGAUUAUAGGUUGUGCAAUCGUGCAUCAACGGUGCCAAAUGUUUUAUUCCCAUGGAACUCAUGUUUGCUCUCAGGUGGUUGCUGUUGACUUACUAAAACUGCCUCAAAAAGCAACAGUCGCUUGCUGUUAUUUAUUUAAUAAAAUGUCUAAGAAUACCAUCAGUAAAUGAAACGCAUUCUUAAGAAAAAGUAAAUGUGAACUAUAUUUCCUAAUUUUCUUAUUGCAGGUUUUUCUUGUACUUUUUGGUUUCUUGAAAUGUCCAUGAGAAACAUGCAGUUAUGAUGAACAUGAGAGAAGUCCAGCAUUGCUUACCAGCUCUCUGUGAUAUCAAUGGUUAAAUAUUGAAAAUAUUAACAUUCCAGCUGUGGAAAAAA